AUGAUGAUUGUUAAAGGUAUUGUUUUCAACUUAGCAGAUUUUAUUAUUUUGACCUGUGUUAAACAAAUAAGAAAUUUCUAUGUACAUAGGUCUGCACAUGCAGUUUAGUAGUGGGGUAGUGUAUGUUAAAGAACAUAAUCACAUCAGUGUAGGCACUAGUGUAACCAGUACCGGUAUGUUAGCAGUUCGCGAUUGAGGUUGUACAGUUUAAGCGGUAUAUUUAACAGAUACCGAUUCAUCUUUCUGAAGGAUCAUUGAAAUUUUUUUUAAACUAUUUAAUAUAUACAUAACGCGAAGUUAAUCAAUAGUAAGCAAGAAAUAUUAUUUUAUUCUCCCAUCAUCCAAGAACUAGUGGUCAAAAUGGCGGAAAAGAAUGACUCGCCGGGUUCCACCUCAACUUCUACCGGGCAGGAAAGUCAACAACUGCUUUCAAGCUUCAUCGCUGAAAUCAUAAAGAGUCCUAUAAAUCUCCUUUUAGUAGGCGUAAUCGCCUUUUUAGUUUACAAAAUUGUUAAAAGCAAGACGAAGGUUGAAGAACCCGUGAAAGAGAUAAAAAGACUGCCAAAAAUACGACGUGAUUUUACAGUUGAGGAGUUGAAAAAAUAUAAUGGCAAGGGACCAGAUGGACGAAUAUUAAUUGCUAUAAACGGUAGUGUUUACGACUGUACUCUUGGUGCCCACUUUUAUGGCCCUGGUGCUCCAUAUGAAGUAUUUGGUGGGAAAGAUAUUAGUAGAGCCCUAGCAAAAUUUUCACUGGAAACAUCACAAGAAUAUGAUGACCUAAGUGAUUUGAAAACUGCAGAGAUGGAAUCUAUGAGAGAGUGGGAAGAACAAUUUAAAGAAAAAUAUGAUUAUGUGGGAAAAUUAUUGAAACCCGGUGAAGCACCUACAAAUUAUUCAGAUGAGGAAGAUGAAGGUAGUCAACUAGAAAAUGAAACAAAAUCUAAAAAUGAUUGACUGCUUGAUUGUACAUCAAAUGCCAAACAGUCUCAGAAGGAUAUUGCGCGCACACCAUUAAAGAAACUCUUAAAAUCGUGGCUCAUGAAUAUAUUUAUGGACAUUUAUCUAGAUAUUUUAUUACAUCAUAAUAUUAAAAUAACAACUAAAAUGGUAUCUUUUGAUCAAGUUAAAAGUAUAUAACUGUUCAAAACUGGUGUUUAUGUGUAAAGAUCUCUUUUAAGUAUCCAAUUUUUCAAUCAAUAAGGAUACUUCAAUAGUAUAAUGUUUUUAUAUAUGACUAGACAUAAGAGAGAAAACUUUGAGCCAUUAAAUAUCUUGGUUUAUAUUAUUCGCAUUUUGCGACAUAGCAUUUCGUACAUACAUAUAAUAUAUGUAUUUGGAAUCUGUAAACUUUAAUAAAAUGAUGUUAUAUUUGACAUGCAUUCGAAAUUUAAUAUUAAGUUAAUGCAAUAAAUUGUAUAAAUUUAUGCAUUGUAAUAGCAGAAAAUAUUUUCUUAACAUAAAAACAUUAUGCUUUCUAAAAACAAAAUGAUACCAUCUAAGAGAUACAGAAUAACUUCAGUUCUUUUUAGCUAUAUCCAUUCUAUAAAGAAUAAAGUAUAAAUCAAGUAUCAAAGUCUUAAUUCUGAAACAUUUUUGUAUACAAAGUAUUCAAAUUCUAUUCGAAAGUUUAUAAAAAAUGAUACACGUUAACUAGUCUUUUUUAUAUGAAAGGAAAUGAGUACGUGUGAAUCUUACUAAAAAUAAAUUUUAAUACAUUAUGUAAAUUGUUAUUGUUUAAAAAUUGAAAUUUGCGAUAUUGUUCAUAUUAUGUAAUUAUUUAUCAGCUAUUUUUAAAUUUAAAAAACGUAAGGAAAUUCGUGAAAAUAUAUAUACAUAUAUAUAUA